GUUCAGGAGGCGUAAUUGGGAGCAAGCUUCCUCCAGUCAAGGCGCUGAAAUCUGAACCCUUCAGUACUCCCGCACCAGAAGGACUGAAACAUUCCUGCUCACAAUGAUCGCAUACAUUCUCUUUACCGUUUUGGCAGUUUUGCCAGUUUUGCUUUUCUGGAAAAACCCAUAUAUUAUGAGCGAUUUAAAAUAUGCAAUGACUGUACUUCACAUAGGAAUUAAAUAUAGCAAAAUUACUAGAAAGUUUUAUAGUAUCUUGGACUGUUUCAUGGAAAAAGUGUCGGAACAUCCGCAGAAGACGUUUCUGGUGUUUGAGGGAAGCUCCUACACGUACAGCCAGGCUGACAAAGAAAGCAACAAGGUGGCCAGAGCUUUGUUGACACAUGCCAACCUGAAGGAAGGGGACACAGUGGCUCUCUUCCUGGGCAACGAGCCUUACUAUGUGUGGACCUGGCUCGGACUGGCCAAACUAGGCUGUGUAUCAUCGCUUCUCAACUACAACAUCAGAUCUAAAUCCCUGAUUCACUGCUUCUCCUGCUGCGAAGCCAAGGUCGUCAUCACUAGUGCAGAGCUGUGUGGAGCGAUAGAGGAGGUGUUGCCCACCCUGAGGGAACAAGGCAUUCGUGUGUUUGUGCUCAGCGAGAAAAGCGAUGUGGAGGGCAUCGAAAGCCUCUCUGAUAAGAUUCAGCAGGCCUCAGAUCAGCCUCUGUCACCUCAGCUGAGAGCCAACGUUAACCUUAAAAGUCCUAUGUUGUACAUUUACACUUCAGGGACCACAGGACUUCCUAAGGCAGCUGUAAUUAACCAUGGGAAAGUGUGGAGGGCAAGUUUCCUUCAAUACAUGAUUGGCGUGCAAUCCAGCGAUGUUAUUUACUUGUACCUUCCUCUUUACCACACGGCUGGCUUUCUGAUGGGAUUUUCCGGAGCCAUAGAAAGAGGACUCACCAUUGUUUUGAGACGUAAAUUCUCAGUUUCCAACUUCUGGGCUGACUGUAGGAAGGACAACGUGACAGUCAUUCAGUACAUAGGAGAGAUCAUGCGUUACCUCUGCAACACACCAAAGCGGGACAAUGACAAGGACCAUAAAGUACGUUUGGCUUUUGGGAACGGGAUAAGAGGGGACACCUGGAACGACUUCCUGGAUCGAUUUGGGAACAUUCGUAUCUGUGAAUGCUAUGGAGCGACUGAAUCAAACAUCGGCUUUGUCAACUAUGUUGGGAAAGUUGGAGCUAUUGGGAAAGAGCACUUCCUCCACAAAAGGAGUUAUCCAUAUGCCCUAAUUAGAUAUGACACAGAGAAAGAGGAGCCUGUCAGAGACGCCAGGGGAUUUUGUAUUGAAGUCCCAGAAGGAGAAACUGGUUUGCUGGUGUCAAAGAUUGGAGAACAAACACCUUUCAGUGGGUAUGCCAAAAACAAACAGCAGACAGAGAAGAAGAAGCUGAAAGACGUUUUUGUGAAAGGAGACCUCUACUUUAAUAGUGGUGACCUUUUGAGGAUAAACGAGGGUUUUGUCUACUUUCAGGACCGCAUUGGAGACACUUUCAGGUGGAAAGGGGAAAACGUGGCAACCACAGAAGUAGCUGAUCAUCUUCUGGCUGUGGAUUUUGUUGAAGAGGCUAACGUUUAUGGGGUGAAGGUUCCAGGGCACGAAGGGAGAAUUGGAAUGGCGGCCCUGAAGCUGAAAGAAAACAUGGAUUUUGAAGCUAAAUCUAUUUAUGACCAUGUUAAAUACUUCCUGCCCAGUUAUGCAAGGCCACGCUUCAUUCGUCUCCAGGACUCCGUAGCUGUGACUGGAACUUUUAAGCAGCUGAAAGUGAAGCUGGCUGAGGAGGGCUUCAACCCAAACAUCAUCAAGGAUCCUUUAUUCUUCCUGGAUGACAGUAAAGGCUACAUACCAAUGACCAAGGAGAUAUUUGACUCCAUCUUGGAGGGAACACUCAAGCUCUGAUUAAUUUCUGGCUCUGAUUGUCAAAUUGUGUUUUUAAUUCUUUAAACGACACACAGUGCAGAAUAACCACAAAUGACUUGUACACUGAACAGAUACAGCACACUGCCCGAGAGGGGAACAUUUCACACAAUAAUGAUUAUUUUUCAACAAUUCAAACCAUACGUUAAAUCAAUCCACUCUUAUUUAGUGAUCACCAGUUAAUCAGAAAUGGUUUGUGCAGAUUCAGAAAAGCCCAGACAAAAGCUGUUACAGGAGUUGAGCUGUGGUGCUGGUUUCCAGUGGAGGGGUAGAGGGAGCUUUACUGGCUGAAGGAGAAGCAGGUAUGCAGUUCAUCCACCUGCAGCUGGAGUACAAGUGUUUCUGAGGUCCCUGUGAAACCUUCAGAGGGCAGCACAGCUGGUGCCGGCCACACUGGACCCACUGGUUGCAGAAACUGGGCACGCUGUAGAACUUUGUUAACUUUCUUAGGUCCUGUGUGCCCAGAAGAGUGGGACUGGAAUGCACUUUGUUCAUGUUUAACACUGACCCAGGUUCUGUUGGGCCACCUGUAGCUUCUUUUACACUGGGUCUUAUUUCACAGUCGUGGCCAAACAGUGGGCCGACGCAGGUGUGAGAUAGAGGCUCGCUGCUGCAGCUAAGGGAGCGCAUCUGUCUUCUUGGUCGAUUCCAAUCUUUGUCAAUCCAUAGCUCCACUUGAGCUUUCUCCAGCUGGGUGACCACAUCGUCCUUCUCCUCAGAAGUGUCGUCUGAAUUAGGGUCUUCAUUCUCCUCCUUUCCUUUCACCCUGUCCUCACCUAGUCCUGGCGGGUUAUUCGAAGCCUGCAUCUCAGCAAGAAGAGCUGAAGCUGUUUUAGAAAUGACUUCCCAGUCCUUCAGAAUGUCAUCCGCAGUCGUGAACUGGGAAGUCACUGAAUAUCUGAUGAUGCGUUUUCUGUGGAUUUCUGCAAGAAUCAGGUACAUGGUCCCAGAAUGGGUCAAUCUUCUCAGCAGCUCCUCGGUAAAACUGUUUCCUGCCUAUAUUUAAAAAAAAACAAAAACAAACAAAAAAAAACAGGAUGAUUUGUAAUGGCAGCAAAGUGAAUUUUCUGCUGCACCGUGUCAGGGUUUAGCCUGUAAACAUUUACUAGUAUUGCUCUAUCUUUCCCCUUAAGCCACAAUAAGCUAACUCAUCUUUGAACGAGGUGUGCCAGUUGGUAUUAGUUCAUCUCAGUAAUAAUUAACCACUUGGAGAAAUGCUGCUUCAUGCAAAGAGCUUAACAUCUUGAUACUUUACUGCCUUUAGUUUAAAGUCUUGCUUUUUACUUUCAGACAAAAGACCACCAGUCCAAGGUGCCUCUCAGCAGGAACCUCAAAAUUUGGGUCACUCCUUAUGUGAGAUUCCAAGAGGUUUGCCAUCUCAAUCCCCUAAAAUAAGACAAGGAAAUCAACAAGUUAUAAGAGUUUAGCAUGUUGCCACUUUAACAAAAUAGGAGUCUCAUUCCACUUGCAUGUCUGAUGUGAGCCUGCAGGUUCGUCAGCCCAAACGAGCGCAGGACAAACCAUAGCUUCAGAGAUCGAAACCGCCGGCUGAGAGGAAUUUGCCAGUGCUGGACAUGAGGGGGUAAAAAAGUAGUUUUAUUAGUUUGAGUGGCUCUCUUAGUCCUAAAAUUUAGAUUCUGGUUAAGAAAGAACAUAGUAUAAUACCAUGAAGUCUGUGGUUGCUUUUGAGUUUUCAUGUCUGAGGUAAACAGGGUCAACACUGAAGGUCUGCUGCAGCUUAAAUUUGUCUUUUACCCUAAGAAAAAAAACGUUUCUAUUCAAAUUUGUUUUUUAUGAAGCUGAGGACAAAGUUGAAACUCACCAGAAAGCUGCGCAGUCAGAGUGAACCAUCAUCCACUUUGAAGAGUUAAAAACAAAGGAUUGUGCAAAUUCAAUGCCCUGCAGGGACCAGCGUAGUUCAGGGCAUAAGUAGGCUGAGCCGGCGUACGCAGCGUCGACGUGGAGCCAGAGGCCCUCUUCUUCACCUGCACAAAGGAUCAAAUGCUUUACUUGUUGCGCAUGCACUAGUUUGACAAUUAGUGAAGGUUUCUUCUAAGUAAAAGUGUAAAGACGCACAGACUGGUCCCAGUUCAGACAGCUUGUCGAAUGCACACACGCCUGUUGUUCCCAGAGUCGCACACAGCUGACCAGGAGAGAAACAAAUUGCAUCUUGUGAUUUUUCUUUAACAUAUACACUCUGGUCUUUCAUUAUAGCUGAUCAGUGGCCAUGGCUAAUUAUUUUAGUCAUAUAAAAUGUAAAUAACACAAGGAUAGAGGUAACUGAAGAAGAAUAAUAGUUUAAACAUUUAAAAAUGAAAUGCUAAACCAUUUUUCAUGAAUGAAAUGUUUAAACUUAAAACCAAGUUUCUUUAAAACAACAAGUCUAAGAUAACAGAGUAAAACAUUAUGAUGAGGAGGCCAACGUCCACAUGUGAGGUGCAGAAUCUCAGAAGGAAAAUGUUGUUUUCUGACAAAUGAAAUAGUUUGCAUGUUUCUUUAGGUUUUGAUGUCGAUAUUUUCUACCAAAUGACUAAGAUUUAUUCUUUAAACGUGUAUUUUUCACCGUUUGUUGACAAAUGAAAAUUUGGAACAUCAUCUCAAUCAAAUCCUUUUCCUUUUUGAUUAAUUUUAAUAAAACACUAAUAAAUAAA